UUUUGUAUUUUAAAUGUCUUACAAUAAAAUGCAUACGCAAAUACGCAAUGUAAUAAAAAAAACGUACAAUACUUAAAUAAAAUGAUAAGUUUGGAAGUAUAGUUGGAACUGCCCCAGCUUUUAAUAUAGGUCUAUUUUUUUUUUAAUUAUAUUGACAGUUCUAUCACUUAAAAUAGUCAAGUAAGACAGAAUUAUUCUUAUCUAUCUCGAUGACUAUACAAAAUUAUCUACCAUGGUCCAUGGUAUUGGACUAUUUUGGUAGCACUACUGAACUCGGUUAACAUUUAUUAUCAAAAAUAACAAAGUAUUGAUUUGAAAUUUGAUGGGUGGGCACAGGGCAAUAGAAAUAUAAUAUUAUAUAUAUACUUGACUAAGUUGACUACCUAUGUGGGUGGGUGUCAGGUGAUGACACUGUUGACUGCCUAUAUGAAGUUGUUACUUGUUAGUUAUAACUAUUAAAAUAAUAUCUUACUAUACCUAUCCAGUUUAUAGUGAGAAGUGUCAAUUAUUUCUUAAUAUUAUAAUUUUCUAAUUUGUAAUAUUUCAGUUACUCGAGUUACCAUUAUAAUUAAACUAAUUACUAAAUUUUGAUUUUUUUUAGAACAAUUUUUUAAAUUACAUUUACUAUUAUAUUAAUUUUACUGAUUAAUUAAAUAAAGUUUUUAAGUAUUUAAUUUAAAAUGUGUUCUACAUCAAAUAAAAUAUGGAAAAACACCAUAUGUAUAUGGGAGUUAAGCCGACUAAGAAAUGUUACUAUGAUCAGUCGGCUAUGUACAGCAGCAGCAACAAAUUCUAAACAGGAUGAUGAUAAAUCAUUAACUAAGGAAAAGGCUCAGGCGCUAGUAAUGAAACUGACAAACGAAGAGAGAGAUAAUUUGGCUUGGUGCUUAAAUCAUUAUGAAUCAGAAGAGACCAAAGCAGAAUAUCAAGGUCAAUUGGCAGGGUUCAGAUGGCGUUCAAAGUUUGGACGUCCCAGUAAAGUACCCGAGUUAGGAGAUGUAGAUCCAACAGGUUCUUACUGCCCAUUGCCAGAAGAAUGGUUACUAAAAAAAUAUGAAGAAACUAACACUGAGACUGUACCAGAACCAACUAGAGCACAAUUAUUUAGAGUGGGAUUACAAAAUGCUAUUCCUUUUAUAAUGUUUGGAUUUUUGGACAACUCUGUGAUGUUAAUAUGUGGUGAAUCAAUUGAAAGAACAGUUGGUGCUGUAAUUACAAUAUCUACAAUGGCUGCAGCUGCGAUUGGUAAUACUUUUUCUGAUAUACUCGGAAUAGGCUCUUCUUAUUAUGUGGAACAAUUGGUAAUCAAGCUUGGUUUAAAACCUCCUAAUCUAACUCCUAUUCAAUUGGACAUGAAAUGUAGUAGACGAGCUGCUAAUUUAGUAAGGGAAGAACACUUGGAGUUACUCUAGGUUGCUUUUUGGGUAUGUUUCCAUUGUUAUUAAAAAAAGAUGAAGAAUCUACCGAUGAAAAGUCUGAGGAGGAAGAAGAUGAAAAAUAAAAAAAAAUAUAUUUAUUUUCACAGGUUAUAAAUAAGUUUCAUUCUGACUGAUUUCUUGAAAUGAUUAAUUUAGAAAUAUAGAAUAUAAUACAUACUCAGUUUAAUCAUUAACAGUAAUUAUAUUCUUGGAUAUUUUCUUUUAUCUGAGUGUUAAGAAUUAAUCUAAUUUUAGUGUCUGUUCAAUCUUAAUGUAAUGUACUGCUUUAUUUAAAAUAACUAAACUGUAAUGCCUAUAACAUAGAUGUCUAUUUUGAUAUUGUUUUUUAAAUACUAUAUAUUUUAUAUCUAGUCAAUUAAUAGUUAUUUAUUUAUUAUUUGUAGUUAAUACUACUUAUUAAUUGUUAUUAAUUUUAUAACUGUAUUCUGUGUUUACUGUUUAUUAUUUUACAAUGUUUUUUUAUUCCAAAAUUAAAUAUUAAUAUUAAUUUCUUCAA